AUGGAUGUGGAUGAGACCUCCCAGUCCCGGAUAUCCCUUGAUCCAUUAGAUGAUAUAUACCUUGGGCCGGAUGAUGAGUUAGACUCUGAUUCUGGGUCAUCCGGUGGUUUGGAUUCAUUAAAUGCGAUUCCCGAUCCAUCAUAUCCGGCCCUGGCAGAUGGACUGGCCCUGUACGAUGACCCGGACUUGUAUCUUGGUCCGGAGGAUACCUUUAUUUCGUCUGAUGAUGCUCCAGCUGUACCCGAUUUUCCUAUGGCUGUGAAUGAAUCAACUCCAGUACCUCAUCCGGCCACUCCGGCUGUACCAGAGGCACCCAUACCUUCGAAUUCAGAAACUCCCGAACGUCAAUCGCCCAAGCCGGAACUCAACAAUGAAGAACUGCGUGCCAUGGUUCAGGAGUUCAUGCCAAUUGGAUCUUAUGAUCAAGCUGAAAUACUUAGUCCUUGGUACUUGUAUACUCCACCUACUCAGUCCUCGCUGCCCGGUGUUCUGUGCUCGGUAGUGGACCAGGCCGGGAACUUAAUCUCCAAGACCACCCAAGAAGUUGGAUCAGCGUGCACAUUAUACGAUGACAAUGCUGCAGUCAUCCAGCAGUCCUCAGCUGACCAGAUGGUUGCGGACCUCCUGAAGAAGAAUAUGGACGACUUUUUUGGAGAGGCAAAGAAGGUGAUGGAUGCCUUGGAUACUCUGCAACAGAUCCAUCCCUUUGUUAGUGUGGCUAUAAUCGCUUUCAAGGCUGUCGUGAAUUUUGAAAUAAGACUUAAGGACACUAGAGACCCGGACAUCGUGGGACCUCGUGGCACUAUUCGGGGCCGACUGGAUGGUGUCUUGGAUAAAAUGAAGCGCAAUGUCGAGGAUUGCGGAAAUGCCAUCGACAAAUACUACAAAUCAUCCCAUUGGGCGGAUAAGUUCCUCGUGAUUAGCGGGAACUUUUCCCAGUGUAUACAGGAACUUCGGGAUGCCUUGGCCAUUAGGACGGCGUUGGGAGUCGACACUGUGAUCAAAAAGCUGGAGGAUCUCACCAAGACGCUAGGUGAACGCGAAGCGAAAAUCGCGAAAGGAGAGAAAUUUCACGGUGCAAUGGCUCAAUAUUUUGAAACCGAACGCGAAAAGAGAUUUGCAAAAGAAGUGAUCAUGCGCAGUGGAAUGGAUCCAGGUUUCGAAAGCGAAGACAAAUUAACAGAGCUAGUGAAAUUCGCCAAGCAACAGGAAGCACAGAUUCAAGCACGCUCUGAUGCCCCAUCCAAAGAUGUCAGCAAGCCUGCUUCACAAACCCCAUCGGCGAACGGAUCGGUUGCGGAGCAGUACCGCCUUGAUGCCUCGCUGCUUCACGAAUUGCGCACUCCUGUAGUCAGCUUACUCGACAAGAAUCGUGCGCUCUUCAUGUUCAAGCUCGAUAAACAGACAGCCGAGAUCAAAGAUGCCAUCAAGGAUUCUGAAACGCGCAUUAUGUUGGCUCUCGGCGACAAAUUUAAACAGGGUCAAGGAUCCAUGACAUCAAGUACACCCCACACUCAGUCCCCUCCAGUAGACCAUGCAGACGAGUGGUGCUUGAAAUAUCUGUCAGUUUUCUACAUUUUGAGUUUAUCCGAAGUCUUCGACGAGGACGCAAAUGGCUUGAUCAGCGUAAGGGAAGUUAAUGCCUUUACUUCCGCGAUACUUCCGGGCUUGAGUGUACCUCAAGCACUUGCAUACUGGGCUGCAGGUCGAACUUGGAGCGUUUACAUCAGCAAAGGUUGGAGAGUGGAUAGCCAACAUUACCACACACGAAUUGAACAAGUCUUGCACAGCAUGGUUCAUGCGCAAGCAGACGUACUGCCGGUAAACAGGAGGUGUAUCGCCUUGUACUUGGAUUCAGAUGUUAUCCAGGGCAUCAAAUGGCUCGUGCGCUCUCUUGCAGAGCUUGGGCCAGAGGACUCAGACUUAGAUCUCACGCAAUUGUCUGAUAGAUAUCGCAACAUUCAGGAGAAUGACUUGGUGAAAAGACUUGACACUGUAAAGUAUGAAAUCGACUCCAAAGAUUUCUUCAAACUUUUCGGAUCUGAUCACAUCGAAAAUUUCUUGCUGCCAGUGCUUUACCUCAUUAUGAGGAGGCAUCUACAAAUCAUGAAACUCGCCAGGACAGUAAUUCUGGUGGAUAGAGAAUUUGAAUGUGCAACUCAAACGAUAUCUAAUAUAUUGGAAGUGGUGGAUCUGCGUGUUGAACAACUGGCAGAAUCAUUUCGCCAGCAGGGAACAGAUGCAAAAGCAAGGUUCACGUGGUAUGCACACGGCUUGUACAACUUUUGGUACAGCCCAGAACGAACCGCAGACGACACUGAAUGUUGGGAAGCCCAUGAUUUUGAGCUUGACAACACUGAGCUGGAGAUUGAUAAGACAGCAUUGAAACUUGGUCCCUUCAGUCUGACAGAGGACCAGGAAUUGUUAGAAAGGCCUGUGAAGCUCGUCGCAUAUACCCUUAACCAGCAGCCUGAAGAUCCCAAGGACGAAUAUAUCCGUUUGUGGUGCUUGAAUAAGCUCCACAAUAAGAGAAAGUCGUUCCCUUUGGAAACCUCACCUUACCUAUCGCCCGAGCAACAACAAAGGUUCAAAGCCCUGUCCAAAGGGCUGCCUGAAUCAGAUGUCCAACACUGGAGUUCAUUAGCUGAACUUGAGACACGCAAAUGA